CGUCAUGCGAAGCACCUAAGUACAAAACCACGCAUGAGUAGUGAACGCGAACCAUUUGAUGAUGAUCUCCAUCAUCAGCUCAGCAAUCACGAUUACAGUUUGCAAGCCGAUGAUCAUCGUGAUGAAGGAAUCGUAAUUAGCGAGUACGAGUACCGCCGAGGCCGUGAAUACUGGCAUGCAAGGCAAGCCUUCCUAAAGAGCUACCACUUCUCCUCCUCGUCGCCGCCGCCAGAAGAAGAAGAAGAUCAUUGCGAACAUCAUGACCGUCACGAUGAUCGUCAGGUCAGUGGGUUCAAGGGGAAGCUCAAGAGGUCGAUGAAGGGUCUUAACAAGACGGCCGAGGGAGUGGCGAAGGAGGUCCGUCGAGGAAUAAUGCCCAAGAGGAGGCUCAAAAUUAGGGUUUUCAGGGUCAAGCUCAGUCUGCAUUCUUCUUUGGUUGCGUUGACCAUGAGAUGUUUCAUUCCUUGGUUUAGCAAAGUUGAGCAUGUGCAAUGAUCCCCAGCUCAACUUAGGGUUUGACACCAAAAGCUCUCUACAUGGAUACAAUUUGAGCUCAAAAGGAUGCAACUACUCUCCUUCCAAACACCAUAUACUCCUAUCAAUGUAGAUUUGAACUCUUGUGAGUGAGUUUGGCAAGAAGUACUCAUGUCCACAGAAAUUUUUCAAGAACUUAUCAAAAUCAACAAUUCAUGUCAUCAUAAACAAAGGGUAAAGGAGAAAUUACUACUUCUCAACAUGGUAUCGAAAUUAGGCAAUGAAUACCGCACGAUACGAGCUCACGGUCCGGUCUCGAAUGGCGCAUGUUCCUCUCAAGGAUACGGUUUUUGAUUUAUCAGCAAUCAAAGCAAAAUCUAACUCUCUCCUAUUCAAGAUUGGUGUCACUGUUCUGGACACCGUGGGUGGGGGGACCAUAAAAAAAGGUCUGUUCUCUCUUAGAACAGCUCACACAUGGGGGGG